ACUUAUGCAACAAGCGUUUGUCGAGCGACUGUGGGGUGCGGAGGCGAGAAGCGCCCGCUCCGAGCGGCCCCGCGCCUCCACCCCCACCAGGGCGCUUCGCGCCUGCGCGCGUCUCCGGCCGCGCCUACCUCCACUCUGUCCGGCCGGGAAGGGCCCGACGCAGCCAGCGCCAGUCAGCCGGGUCCCCGGCGCGGACCAGAGCGACGCCCGAGCGCCGGGAGCGCACAGGCAGUCCCGGUCUACGGGGCCCUUCCGGUGCCCGCCCCGCACCCCAGCCCGACCGCAGCCGGAAGUCGACGGCCCGAGGCGGAAGGGGCGUCGCCGGAAGCUCCUUCGCGGGACGCUGCCACGUCGCGGGAGGUUGCGGUGGAUCCGGCGUCGGGGGGGACGGGGCCAGCACGAUGGCAGAUUGGUCUCGGGCCUCUCUCCCCCUGCAGCUCAGAGCUCCGGUGCCGUGGAGGAGAUUCUGGACCGGGAGAACCUGCGCAUGGCCGACAGCCUGGCCUCCAAGGUCACCAGGCUCAAAGCGCUGGCCCUGGACAUUGACAGGGAUGCGGAGGACCAGAACCGGUACCUGGACGGCAUGGACUCGGACUUCUCAAGCGUGACGGGCCUGCUCACGGGGAGCGUGAAGCGCUUUUCCACGAUGGCACGGUCUGGGCGAGACAACCGGAAGCUGCUGUGCGGUGUGGCCAUGGGCCUGAUCGUGGUCUUCUUCAUCCUCUCCUACUUCCUGUCGAGGGCAAGGACGUGAGCUGGGGGAGCUGGCCUCUGUGGGUGCCCGGGGCAACCAGAGCCUCCCCCUGCCUGGUGUCCAGGGCUCCAGUGGACCUCCUGCAAAAGACUCCCUUGAGAUGCUG